UUUAAUAAUUAUGAAUAAUUUAUUACCUCGAGAAAUUCCUUUACACGAAAAGUUUGAUUUAAAGGGAUCUCUUUCUGGAAGAUUUGCCUCCAAAAAAGAGUUAAGUAAAGCCUCGCCCACUUUAAAGGAUUUGGAUUUCUUAAAAGUUCACAGUUCCGGAAUUGCUUUGUCUAAAGAAACCUUUUUAUUAGUGAAAACAACUAUUUCCAGCGACUGCAGAGUUUUAAGGAGCUUUAAAAUAAUGGACUAUAGUCUGCUUGUUGGGAUUCACCAGAUUUCUAAAGAAACAUUUACUCAACUUAGCCACGUGGGUUCUGGGAGCGAGCCGGAAACGUUAUCGCAAGGCAUCAUUGGCUUUGACGAAAAUGGCGAGUCGUUUCUAAUAUUUUUGGGUAUUAUUGAUAUUCUUCAACGCUUCAAACUAAAAAAAAAAUUCGAAUACGGGCUCAAGUCUGCUGUGCAUGACAAGGAUUCCAUUUCAGUAUGCCCUCCAAAAAAAUAUUCUCAAAGAUUUUUAAAUUUUGUACUCAAGCGCGUGUUUCAUGAGCUGGACUCUCAGCAGCACAACGCACUGGUUAGAAAACUAAAUAUUAUAAGAAGUUUUUCGAGAAUUUCUUCUACUCAGGUUUCUAAAAAAAAACCUCGAGACGAAGUGAGAGCCGAGGAAACUGGAAAUAAUAAUGAAGAUAGUUUAAGUAAAAGGAGAUUGAGUUUUUAAUUUUAUUUAGAAAAUUUUAAUUAAAAAUGUGAGGUUUUCUGUUUUC